GUCUGGACUCACAGGGGAGGAGAGGAUCAACUUUUACCCCAGCUCAGUCAUACCGCGGUCUGGACUCACAGGGGAGGAGAGGAUCAACUUUUACCCCAGCUCAGUCAUACCGCGGUCUGGACUCACAGGGGAGGAGAGGAUCAACUUUUACCCCAGCUCAGUCAUACCGCGGUCUGGACUCACAGGGGAGGAGAGGAUCAACUUUUACCCCAGCUCAUAAUCAUUCCGCGGUCUGGACUCACAGGGGAGGAGAGGAUCAACUUUUACCCCAGCUCAGUCAUACCGCGGUCUGGACUCACAGGGGAGGAGAGGAUCAACUUUUACCCCAGCUCAGUCAUACCGCGGUCUGGACUCACAGGGGAGGAGAGGAUCAACUUUUACCCCAGCUCAUAAUCAUUCCGCGGUCUGGACUCACAGGGGAGGAGAGGAUCAACUUUUACCCCAGCUCAGUCAUACCGCGGUCUGGACUCACAGGGGAGGAGAGGAUCAACUUUUACCCCAGCUCAGUCAUUCCGCGGUCUGGACUCACAGGCGAGGAGAGGAGAAACGUUUAGCCCAGCUCAGUCAUACCGCGGUCUGGACUCACAGGGGAGGAGAGGAGAAACGUUUAGCCCAGCUCAGUCAUACCGCGGUCUGGACUCACAGGCUAGGAGAAACUUGCUAUAGCCUUCUACUCUUUGUUUAAAAAUCCGGGGAAUAUCCAGGAAUAAGCCAAAUGUUGUCGUGUUGUAUAUGUUUCGGGGUUUUAUUUGACGAGGUGAGGGGCCUCUUAUCGAGUGGAAUCGAACAGAGGACCAAACAUCUGGCUUAAAGUGGAGUGAUUUGGAGCUGUAAAUUCAUACAAAACGAGCCCUGUCUUGAGUUGAAACCAGAGCUGUUAUGGGUUUGGAGUUAUUCUUGAUAUUUUUCUGUGCGUCGAGUAUAAAUUAGCUCAGUAGGUUUGUUAUGCGCUAAUCGGUGUUUUUGACGUCUGUAUUGAGUCAGCGUCUCAGCGUCAUGACUUCUGGUUAUGCGCAUGUAAUGGACAGACAAGACUCACUGACGAGCCGCCUGGAGAGCCCGAUAUCAGCCAAACUGGAAACACUGCAGGCCAAGAAAAACUUCUCUGUCAGCCACCUGUUGGAUCUGGAGGAGGUGCGGGAGAUGGUAGGGGUUCAGGCCAAUGAGAGCGCCGGGGAUGCGGGAAGGAGCGUGGUGGAGUCCCCGGGGCUGACCAGCGGCAGCGAUACGACGCAGCAGGAGAGACAGUGACCCAACAGACCUCCAGGCUGUGUAAGGACUAUUUGACCAAGAAGGAGUGAUGCAUCAGAUGACCUGGCCUCCACAAUCACCCAACCUCAACCCAAUUGAGAUGGUUUGGGAUGAGUUGGACCGCAGAGUGAAGGAAAAGCAGCCAACAGGUGCUCAGCAUAUGUGGGAACUCCUUCAAGACUGUUGGAAAAGCAUUCCUCAUGAAGCUGGUUGAGAGAAUGCAA